AUGAUAAAAGCUUAAGCAUCAACUAGAAUCAUUUAUUAACAAUAUGGGGGAGAGAUAGUUUCUAUUUUCAAUUAAAAAGGUGAUUGCCUAAAAAUGAUGUAUCGAUUUGAAUAAGUUAUAGAAUGGUAUGAUAGAGCAUUGAUUAUCAAUCCAUUACAUGGGCUUUCUUUAUGGGGAAAAGGUAAAUUAAAUUAGAUAAAUGAAAAGUGAAUGCUUAUCAAUUUCUUAUGGAAUGUUUAAAAUAAAAAUGAUGAAGCACUUUAACUAAGCUCUAAAACAGUAUGAUGAAGCACUGAACAUUAACCCUCAAGAUGUCUAAUCUUUAUGGGGAAGAAGUAAAUAUAAUUAAUUGUUUUAAGGUGACUGUUUACAAAUAAUGAAUUAAUUUGAAUUGGCAUUUGAGUUUGAGUUUUUGAUAAAGCAUUAAUCAUAGACCCAGAACAUAUAUUAUCUUUAUAUGGUAAAGGUACAAUUUUUUAUUAUUUUAGCUUAAUGUGCAUAUGCNUAUAAUUUAUUCUAAUAAACAAAGGAGGAUGCUUAGCAGAAAUGAGUUAAUUAGACUAGGCAAUUGA